AUGUAAAAAAACACCUUAUCAUAGCUAUAAGAAACUUUUUCGAGUGGAUUUCCCAAAAAUAAUGGAAUGAAGAUUAAUUAGAUGAAUUACAUAAUUAAUAACAUAUACUAAAUUAACCAGAAGGACUAGAAUAAAUAGGAGAAUCGAAAUAUCAACCUGAAAUUCUUGUAGAUCCACCUAAACUUCCAUCUGAAGAUUCACCUGUAUCCACAUAAAGAUUCCUUUAAAAUACCAAAAACACCAGAAAUACCAGGAAUACAAAAAAUGCCAGAAAUACCAGAACAGCCAGAAACACUUGAAUUCUCAUAGUAAGAUAAAGAGAUUAACGAACCUUCUCACUUAUGGAUGGAAAGUUUAUCAGAAAUCAAAAAGCAAAUACUAUAGCCUAUUUACAGUUUGAAAAAUGAUAUUUACCAACAUUCCAGAUUAUACUAAAAUGAUAAUACACAAAAAAGUGAGGAAAAAAUUAUUAUAGAGAGCCUGAUGAUAUAUGUUAAAAUAAUCAUGAAUAAAUGCGAUAAUCAAGGCUUAUAAAUAUUCGAUCUCAAAAUAGAGUAGAGAAAUAUUAUUAGAAAAGCCAAUAAUCUACUAAUUAUGAAUAAGUUUAAGAAUGUAUUCUUUAAACCAGCCAUCCACCUGCCUCAUACGCUCUAUCGUAAUAAUCAUAUGAUACCUCUGCUCCUAGUAAAAAAUCAUAUAAUUUUUAACCUCGCAUUCCGUGUUUAAAUUAAACCUAAAUAAAUCUCAAGUUAGAAGAAGAAAAGCUCAAUUUAUAAACUAAAAUUAAGGAGCAUCUAACAGAAUAAGGAAAAAUUUUUUUUUAAAACAUUUCAUAAAUAUCUUAACAGGAUUACGAUUAAUUUGGAAAUGAUAGAUAGAUAUUGCUAAGAUGAUAUAAGUCUUAAAUUAACAAAGUAUGAUUUUUAUUAAUACCUUUUGGAGAAUUAUAUUUCAAACUGAAUGAAAAAUUGUCGACAAUUCAGCAUCAAAGGUUUAAUCAUAAUUUCAUAAGUGAAAUUAAUAUGCUAGGUUAUUAGCAUACUAUUUAAAGAAGUAUUAAUUAACAGCAAUUGAAACAUAGAAAGUAUGUAAUUAAUAAAGGGUAUUUAGGGAUAAAAAAUCAAAUAACAUUCUGAUGAUCCUAUAUAUCAUGAAUUGUUUAAUUACAAUUCAGAAGGAAUAGCCAUAAUUAUAAAAUGUCUUCCUUUGAAACUAACUGGUACUAUUUUAAGUUUCCAGCAUAAUUCGAUAUAAGAAUUUAUAUAUGCAAAAUUUAUCAUAACUAAUCUUCUUGCAAUAAGUUCUAUCAUUAAUUAAUACAAAUAAUUGAAAGCAAAUAUUACCUUAUAAAAUUUUAAGAUUAACAUGAAUAGUUAAAAGUUGAAGAAAAAUUAAUUCAUUUUAAUUUGUAUUUAAAUUUAUUUAUUUAAUAAUUUGGAUUAAUAAUCUAAUAAAGAUACAGCAAGAGAUAUAUUUAUUGAUUAAUUUAAUAGCGUUUUGGCAUUAAUAUUAAGAGAGUUAAAAAUUUAUCAAUCAACCAAUGAUUUAUUGAGUUCAAUUGAUAUUUCACCAUUAAAUAGUGUUAUUAUGGCAAAUUAAUUUUACAUGAGGACAAUAAGAUUUAUAAAAGAAUAUUUAGAAAAUAAUUAAGAUUUAAAAUGAGUAUUACAUUUUUUAAUUUUAAUUUCAAAAAUAUCAUCGAAAUUUAUCAAUAUUAGUUCAAAUUCGAUUUAAUUAUUAACAUAUUUGUAGGAAUUAUUUUAUGAAAAAAGUUUCUGUGAAAUUUAGAUAAAAGAUGUUAAGUUAUUAGGAUUUAAUUGUAUUGGGUGUGAUUUUACAAAGUCAAAAUUAGAAAAUGUUACUACGGAGGGGACUAACUUAUAUUUUUGUAAAAUUGCAGAAGCAGAGUGGAAGGACAUAAUCUCCUAGAAUUUACCAACAUUUUCAUUUAAUAUUGGUCCUAUAAUCAAAGCAUUAUUCUCUUUUGAUGGUUAAUACAUAGCAUCUCCUGGCCUUUAACAAAAUUUAGUAAUAUAUUAGAUAUUUACUGUAUUGAUUUUUAAAAAAUAUUCAACUUAAAAAAGUGUUGUUCUAACACAAAAUCCACACUUGUCUAUUUCUAUAAGGAAACUUUGAACAUUCUGAGCUUUUAUGAGGAUUAAAAAUAAAAUGAUAUAAAUAUUGUUUAAAGCAAUGAAAUUGAAGUAAAUUAAUAACACAUCAAAUUUAAAUUUAAAAUAAAUGACUCUGUUGUUUUAAUAAAAUUUUCAAAUUAAGAUAGCUAUUUAUUAGUUGGAUGCUAAAAAGGGAAAAUAUUCAUCUAUAAAUUUUUGAAUUAAUAAUUUACUUUAUUUUCUAAAAUACAAGGAAGGAGUAGAAAAAUAUUUGAUUUUUAUUCUGAUGAAAAUAGUUUGAUAGCUUGUGACUAAAAUUAAAACUAUUAGAACAUUUACAUAAGAUUAUUAAGUAACAAGAAUCGUUUUUAGCCCUGAUGGAAAACUAUUUGCAUAUGCUACAACAGAUGGAGUGAGUAAAGUAUAUCGUUUAAUGACAUUAAAAGAUAAGGCAAAAUUAGUUGGUCACAAAAAUGCUGUUAGAUGUGUCUGUUUUCCUAGAGAGGGCAAUAUAUUGGUGAGUGGAGGAGAUGAUAAAAUGUUCGAAUAUGGAAUUAUAUGUAAGGUAUAUAAAUUGGUGAGAAUUUACAUGGCCACUUUGAUGUGAUUUAUAGCAUUGAAUUUUCAAAACCAAAUGGAACAAUUAUUUUAUCAGCAGGAAAGGAUGGACUUAUAAAAUAAUGGAAUCAUUCUGAUAAUUAUCAUGUUAGUGAAUAUCUACCUGGUUAUGAAGGCAGCAUUCUAUUUAUGGUUCUAUCUUAAGAUUCUCAAAGAAUAAUAACAAAAGGUAAAGAUAAGAAAAUAAUAUAAUGGAAUAUUGAAACAGCAUCUGUUGUAAAUUAAAUGAUAUCUUUAUAAAGUAGCCAAGAAUUCUCAAUUAAUAAAUUAUAUUCUUCUUGUUAAUUAAGUCCUAUCAUUAUUGUUAAUGAUGACCAACAUAUAAUCACAGAUGGAUUCGGUCAUUCAAUUUCAAUUUUUGACAUUUACACUUGCAAUUAAACUAAUUUUUAAAUCUCAUAUCUAAGACCUAAAGGGGAAGUUAUUAUUUUAGCAUAAUCCCAAAAGUAAAAUUUGAUAUGUUCAAGAACUAAAAAUGGUGAAAUUAAAAUAUAGGAUAGUUUUAAUGGAAGAUAAUUUACACAAAUAGAAAUCUUAAGAAAAUUUUAAUAAAAGGGUAGCAUGCUUAGCAUUAACAUUUGA